AUGGCCAGUCAGGGUUGGUGUGCAGACAGGCUUGGUGAGUGGGUGAAGAAGAACCCAAAAAAAGGAGCAAAGGAUGCAAAAAAGAAGCUGGAGAGUGACUUUGGUAUAAAGCUGAAAUACUCAAAGGCCUGGUCUGGACUGAAACAUGCCCUGGAUCAAAUCCAUGGAGAUGUUUUCACUGAGCAUCUCUACCCUGCUGCUAAGAGCUUCACUGAGUACAUGUUCAAAUGGCACAUGAAGAGAAUUUUUGAGUUUGCUCCAGGUGCCAUAGACUACCUUGAAGAGAAUCACCCUAGGAUUUGGUACAGAUCUGGGUUCUCUAAGCUUAGCAAGUGUGACUAUUUGACUAAUAACGUGUCUGAGAGUUUCAAUGCUCAGAUCAAGCAUUUGAAAGGCCUUCAUCUCCAUGAGCUUGUAGAUAGGAUUAGGGAGCUCAUUAUGGAGAAAAGGUACAUUAGAAAGAAGUUGGAACAGCAAUGGCAAGAUGGAGUUCUACCUCAAGUCAUGAAUGAUCUGAAUGUUAUAAGCCAGAAUCUGAAGGUUGUGAAGAUCACUGUCAGUGAUGAUGAUUUUGCAGAGGUGACACUUCUUGAUGACUGGAACAACCAGAGGAGGCACACAGUGAAUCUGAAAGAUAACACUUGCCCAUGCAGAGAAUGGCAAGUAACUGGCAAGCCAUGCAAACAUGCCUUAGCUUGGAUACUCUCCAACAGAGGCUUGAAGAUUGAAGACUUUGUCCAUCCCUACUACUCAGUAGGAAGGUUUAGAGCUGCCUAUGAAGGAAGAGUAGAGCCUAUGCAGGACAGGUCCCAAUGGCCAGAAGUAAACCUUGGUUUCAAGGUUUUCCCUCCUUUGCUGGGUAGGGCUCCUGGCAGACCAAAGGUGCAAAGGAUAAGGGGCUCAAUUGAGAAAAAUGUGAACAAAAAGAAAGUGAGGUGCAAGAGGUGCAAAAGUUUUGGCCACUUUGCCAAGACAUGCAAACAACCAAUGCAGGGAGAAGAUGGUGAGAUUGGCAACAGUAGCAGCAGCAAAGCAAGCAACAAGAGGAAGAAGACAGAGGAGGACAAUGAUGGAAAGAAAGGAAAGAAGAUUCCACAAAGAGACUAG